AUAAUUCCAACCGUACGAUCUUAUCCUCCUUUAUAUUUAUAAACCGUCACAUGUGAGUUGAUAAUUUUCUCACCCAUUUCACUCACUCUUCACUCUCUCUCCUCUCUCUCACUUCCAACUCUUCAGUUUACCUUCAUCUACAGUUUUCAUUUAGGAAAAAUGAGAGAAAUCCUUCAUAUUCAGGGGGGUCAGUGUGGAAACCAGAUUGGGUCUAAAUUUUGGGAGGUUGUGUGUGAUGAGCAUGGCAUUGACCCCACCGGAAGGUAUGUUGGUACAUCAGACUUGCAAUUGGAGCGUGUGAAUGUCUACUACAAUGAGGCUUCAUGUGGAAGAUUUGUUCCUCGUGCUGUGCUGAUGGAUCUUGAGCCGGGUACCAUGGAUGCUGUCAGGACCGGCCCGUAUGGUCAGAUCUUCCGUCCCGACAACUUUGUCUUUGGACAAUCUGGUGCUGGUAACAACUGGGCUAAGGGUCAUUACACUGAGGGUGCUGAGCUUAUUGACUCAGUUCUUGAUGUUGUGAGGAAGGAAGCUGAGAAUUGUGACUGCCUUCAAGGAUUCCAGGUGUGCCAUUCUUUGGGUGGAGGAACGGGUUCUGGUAUGGGUACCUUGUUGAUCUCAAAGAUUAGGGAGGAGUACCCUGAUAGGAUGAUGCUCACCUUCUCUGUUUUCCCAUCACCAAAGGUCUCAGACACAGUGGUUGAGCCAUACAAUGCCACCCUCUCUGUUCACCAACUUGUUGAAAAUGCAGACGAGUGUAUGGUGUUGGACAAUGAAGCACUAUAUGAUAUUUGCUUCAGGACUCUUAAGCUUACUACACCAAGCUUUGGCGAUCUUAACCAUUUGAUCUCUGCUACCAUGAGUGGUGUCACUUGUUGCCUCCGGUUCCCUGGUCAACUCAACUCUGACCUACGCAAGCUUGCCGUAAACUUGAUCCCCUUCCCCCGUCUCCACUUUUUCAUGGUUGGGUUUGCCCCCUUGACCUCACGUGGCUCCCAGCAGUACCGUGCCCUUACUGUCCCUGAGCUCACCCAACAAAUGUGGGACGCCAAGAACAUGAUGUGUGCUGCUGACCCCAGGCACGGGCGGUACCUCACCGCCUCAGCCAUGUUCCGGGGAAAGAUGUCCACUAAGGAGGUCGAUGAGCAAAUGAUUAACGUCCAGAACAAGAACUCAUCCUACUUUGUUGAGUGGAUCCCAAACAAUGUGAAGUCAAGUGUCUGUGACAUCCCACCUCGUGGUUUGAGCAUGGCCUCGACUUUCAUCGGGAACUCUACUUCAAUCCAGGAGAUGUUCAGGAGGGUGAGUGAGCAGUUCACAGCUAUGUUCAGGAGAAAGGCUUUCUUGCAUUGGUACACUGGGGAAGGUAUGGAUGAGAUGGAGUUCACCGAGGCUGAGAGCAACAUGAACGAUCUUGUCUCUGAAUACCAGCAGUACCAGGAUGCUACUGCUGAUGAGGAAGAGUACGAGGACGAGGAAGAGGAUUUGGAUCACGCUUGAGGAAGAAGAGGUUGGAUGAAUUCUUAUAUUUGUUGAUGUGUUUUGCAGUAGAUGGUUUGUAUGUAUAAUGAGGGGGGAGAGUGAUAGAGAGAUUGGGUGGUUGAGGUGGAAAGUAUUUGGUCAUGUUAUAUCUGCUAGCUUUGAGAAUUCUGGUAUGUUUGAUAUUAUCAUGGUUUGAUGUUGCUAUGUCCAACUUACUUUCUGGGAUUCUAUUUGUUCUACAGCCAAUUCAUUGUCAAUUGUCAUAUGCGGUUGUGCAUUUUUCUA